AUGAAUUUUGAUGAAGAAAUUGAGGAAAAGACUAUGGAUUACAAUGAAGAUUGCGAUGCAAACCCUUCCAUGUGGUUACCAAUAUCUCGUAAACUGACAUUUUCGCCAGUUCCAGAUGACUUAAAUUUUUCAUCAAAUAGUCCCGCCGUGUCGAAAUUUUUUGACGCUCCGUUUGACAGAACAACCAUCGACUCCUGGAACAUAUAUAUCAAUUCUGGUCGCAGAGUACCAGCAUCCAGUAAAUUAAAUUCUCGACUGUCAGCUCCCAAUCUUAAUCCCUUCACUCCAGAAAGCAUGCUAAAAUUGUCUAAAAAACGUUCAAGAAGUUCUAAUAGCAGGAGGAAAGCACUGAACGAAGUGUUUGCUCAUGCUGUUUUAGGAAAACACGAAAAUGUUGUUCGUUAUUUUGCCGCAUGGGCAGAAGAUAAACAUAUGUUAAUUCAAAAUGAAUUUUGUAAUCGUGGAUCUUUGCAAGAUGCUAUUGAAAAACAUAGAGCUAACGGAACGUAUUUCUUAGAAUCUGAAAUAAGAAUAAUACUAUUACAUUUGGCAGAAGGACUUAGAUAUAUUCAUUCACAUAAUCUUGUUCACAUGGAUAUCAAACCGGGAAAUAUAUUUAUAUCUCUUGAACCUAGAAUUAGGCCUUUGCAUUAUCAAUCUGAUGAUAGCUUUGAGGAAGAAGAAUACCAAAUAAUUUAUAAAAUAGGUGAUUUGGGUCAUGUGACUUCUAUAGCCCAAACUCCUACUAGUGUAGAAGAAGGAGACACAAGAUAUUUAGCAAAAGAAGUGUUUCACGAUGACUACAGCAAUUUAACUAAAGCUGACAUAUUUGCUUUGGGUUUGACAGUAUACGAGGCAGCUGGAGGUGGACCCUUGCAAAAAAACGGUCCGGAGUGGCACGAAAUCCGAGAAGGAAAGAUUCCAUACUUGAAACAUUGUAGUAAAGAGUUAAACGAUUUUAUUAAGCAAAUGACACAUCCUGACCCGGAACAACGACCCACAGCUCUUCAAAUAUUAAAACACAGUAUAGUUUGCCCUCCUUCGAAUAAAACCAAAGAACAAUUAGAGAGAGAACUUUUAGCUGAAAAAACUAAAACUCAAAUUCUUGAAAAAAAAUUGAAAGCCGUUUCUACGUUAUUUAAGAGUAAAAUGAUAGGUAAAGGAAUAAGAACCAGAUCAAAUUCUAGAAUGGUUGGAAAAAAUGUUAACAGAAGUCAUUCUACGACAGAAUUUGGAUGGUAA